AUGGCUGACUUACCUGCUGAAAGAGCCACACCUGCAGCUCCGUUCGAGUUCACUACAGUCGACCUCUUCGGACCGUACCUUGUCAAAGAUGACAUCAAGAAACGGGCCUCUCCAAGCGGUGAGAUCAGAACAUUUGACUUUGCGAACUACCCUUACAAGAGACUCAGAGAGAUGCAGAACCAGGACCGUAAGCUGACCAAGGCGGAGCAGCAGCGUUUUAAGGAGGAGGCAGAGAUGCUGAAGGGCCUCCAGCACCCUAACAUUGUCCGUUUCUAUGACUCCUGGGAGUCAGUGCUGCGAGGGAAGAAGUGCAUCGUCCUGGUCACCGAACUCAUGACCUCGGGAACCCUCAAAACGUACCUGAAGCGCUUCAAGGUGAUGAAGCCCAAGGUCCUGAGGAGCUGGUGUCGUCAGAUCCUGAAGGGCCUUCACUUCCUCCACACCCGGACCCCUCCCAUCAUCCACAGGGACCUCAAGUGUGACAACAUCUUCAUCACCGGCCCUACCGGCUCCGUCAAGAUCGGAGACCUGGGAUUAGCCACUCUUAUGAGGACCUCCUUCGCCAAAAGUGUCAUAGGUACCCCUGAGUUCAUGGCUCCAGAGAUGUACGAGGAACAUUAUGAUGAGUCUGUGGACGUUUAUGCCUUUGGGAUGUGCAUGUUGGAGAUGGCCACCUCAGAAUACCCCUACUCAGAGUGCCAGAACGCUGCGCAGAUCUACCGCAAAGUCACCAGUGGUAUAAAACCAGCCAGCUUCGAUAAAGUCAACGACCCAGAGAUCAAAGAGAUCAUCGGGUGCUGCAUCCGCCAGGACAAGAGUCAGAGGCUGUCCAUCCGGGACCUGUUGACCCAUGCGUUCUUUGGGGAGGACACAGGGGUGCGUGUGGAGCUGGCAGAGGAAGACACGGGCUGUCAGGACUGCCUGGCCCUCAGGAUCUGGGUGGAGGAGCCAAAGAAGCUGAAGGGAAAACACAAAGACAAUGAGGCCAUCGAGUUCAGCUACGACCUGGAGAACGACAGUGCAGAGGAGGUGGCUUCGGAGAUGGUGAAGUCAGGCUUCUUCCACGAGAGCGACGCUAAGGUGGUGGGUAAAUCCAUCCGCGACCGCGUCACGCUCAUCAAGAAGUCCCGUGAGAGACGCCAGCAGCAGCUGCUCCAACAGCAGCAAGGCUUUGAUGAGAGACGGGACUCCACCCUCACCUCCUCCACCUGCUCUCACCUCUCCUCCCUGGGGCCUGGGGUGGCUGGGCUGACAGGGGGAGGUGGGGGAGGA